AUUUAUUUAUUAUUUUUUUAAUGGACAUGGCCAUGUACUGUAACCUAUGUGCCUUUAGUGUUUAUUACUGCACUGUCUAACAACUAACAUGAUUAACAGUGAUGGUCUAUGAUGGGUCGAGGGAGGCGUCUGGCCCUUGGCAUCUUUGUCCUGCUGGUGGUCGACGUCAUUUGGGUGGCUUCAUCAGAAUUGUCGGAGUAUAUCUUCAAUGAUACCGGCUUCAAUAAACCUUUUUUCAGUACAUACUUAAAGACCAGUAUGUUUUCACUAUAUUUGCUGGGAUUUAUAUUUUGGAGCCCCUGGAGACACCAAUGUGCCCAAAGAAACCACGAUGAGAGUAUUUACCAGGAAGUGGAUUCAAUGGAGGAUGAAGAUUUACCGCUGUCAGAUGUUUGACGAGAGACAGGCGCACCCCUCCACCUGUGCCCAUCUUCACUUUGGACCAGCUGGCAUCUAGUGUUGCGAGAGACAGUGAUGCGAAUGCUCAACUGACACAUUUGGUCCUGUGGCACUAUUUACCCAUUCAACAAGCUAGAACGAUUUAUAACAACAAUGAUGAAAAGGUGUCUCUAAAUUAUUUUUGCCAGUCAUAUGUACAGGAGUUGUUAGCAUUCAAAGAUAUGAAGUUAAGAAUGCAUUAUAGGAAGAAAAUUUUGUUGAAGAAUUGGAAAAUAAAUUGGCAUUCAACUCAAAAAUUAAAACAAAUAUUUAUUGGGGUUUAUGAUGAUAGAAAUAUGAAAAAUGAGGGAGUGAAUUUAGAACUUAAAUGAGAAUAAAUUGUGUGUGAAAUGUAAAAUCUACUUUUGGGGGAGGAUUAGUAGUUGUGUGUGUGAUCUGUUGUAUCAGGUCAUUAGGGUAAAGUACAAUGAUGAAAUUUUUAAUAAAAUUUUUAGUUAUAGAUUUUGUUGAAAAUAAUAAUGUGUGAAAGAAAUUCACCAUUGUUGUAAUGUUCUGUGAGAGGGAAGUUGUACUGAAGAUAGAAUUAUAUUUGUUGAAUGUGUGUUUAACAGUUUUGAUAAUAAGAAAG